AUGCUCGAUCCCUACUUCAUGCACCCAAGUGAUAAUCCGGGCCUUGCACACGUCUCUUCGUCGCUUAAUAACAUCAACUUCCACACCUGGUCUCGUGUCAUGCUCAUUGCUCUCCGAUCCAGGAACAAGUCUGGGUUCGUUCUUGGAACCUUAAAUCGCCAUUCAAACUCUGAUCGAUUUUCUAUUGAUUGGGGUCGUUGUAACAUUAUGGUCAUGUCAUGGAUUGCCAACUCUCUUGAUCUAGAAAUUGCCCAAAGUAUCAUGUGGAUGGAAUCUGCGACUGGAAUCUGGAAGGAAUUAAAGGAUAGAUAUUAUCAAGGUCUUAAUGAGCAAUAUUCACUUGUUCGGUCUCAAAUAAUGUUAACGGAUCCAAUUCCUCAUAUGAGUAAGGUUUUUUGUAUGCUUAUACAACAAGAACGACAAUUCUUUAAUCCUACUGAGGAACCAAAAUUUGUUGUUGCUCUUUCUAAUUCUGGUCGUAGUUCUGGAUGUGGUUCUUCCUCCACCGGUGGUCGCACAUAUGGUAGUUGUGGUCGUGGGUACAAGAUUUACUCUCACUGCAAUAAACUUGGUCAUACUGUGGAUGUGUGUUUUAAGAAACACGGUUAUCCUCCUAACUAUCCAAGACUCAGUUCUAUUUCUAACAAUUGUUCAUCUACCUCUCAAGAUCAUGAUGCUAAUGGCAGUGCUAAUGAAAACAUCAGAUCUGAUGUUGAAGUUGGCUCCCUAGGUUUUACCUUGGAUCAACAAAAUGCUUUAUUAGCAUUGUUGCAAGCUUAUAGUGAUUCAUCUUCCACCACUGUUAAUCACCUUCAAAAUUCGUCCUCCCCUAUUUCAGAUACAGGAGCAUAUCAUGUCUGCUUUUCUACUAAUAUGCUUCAAUCUUUUAAACGUAUUGCCCAUGUUUCCAUUAAAUUGCUAAAUGGCUCCAUGGUUAUGGCGUAA